AUGAGCGAUAGAGCGAUGAAAGGUCACGAUACAGGUGAAGAUCCCCUUCAUAACACGGGUCAGAAUGUCAAAGAAUUUGUCAAGGAAAUCAACGGAAGAGAGAAACAGAGUGUAGCACUAAUGAUUGCGAUGGGUGGACUAUAUCUAUGUCCAGAGGUUGUUGAAGCUAUCUUGAACCCCGUUGAGGGUCAAGAAAAGCAUAUACUCGACAUAGGGCCUUGGAAAUGGCUCGUCGUUUUCCACAUGCAUCAGUCUUGGGAGUGGAUAUCUUUCCUCCUCCAGUAUAUUCAAAUGCUCCCUCUAACCUACGGUUCGAAAUGUCCAAUAUCAACCUCGGAAUGUCCCGCUUCUAUGACCAAUUCGACGUUGUUCACGCUCGAGGCGUCGGAGGUGGAAUUACGGAUAUGGACCGAACGUUCAGAGAGUUCCAAAGUGGAUGGUGACAUGGUUUUCUAUGAAAGUAGAAAUAAACCAACUAGGAUGAAAAGGCUCCCUGGGGACCCAGAUGUCAGUGGCGCGACUGAAGAUGGAUCUUGGCUUCAGAGGAUGGUAGCUGAAGCCUGGGAAGUGUCUGCAUUCAACGGUGCUGAUAUGACUCGCUAUUGUGAAUUGGUCGAUUUGGGGCUUUGGGACUACCCUUCCAUUGAUCCGGAAACGGCGAGGGCUGGUGGAAUAUAUCUUCCGGUGGGACCUUGGGCAAAAGAUAUCGAAACCGAAUCACUCCAAUAUGGAGGAGAGCUCAUGCAAAAGGUCCUUCUCAAUAUUCAUCGUGCCUAUCACUCGAGGCUUUUACAAUGUGGAAUGGGUCAAGAGGUUUUGGACGAGUGGUCCAGCAAUAUAGACGAUG